GUUCUUAUAGGACUUGAAACUGGCUAUAUACCGCCAAAUUUGCAUUACAAUACUCCAAGAGAAGGUAUAAAGUCAUUAGUGGAUGGUAUGAUUAAAGUAGUUGCAGACAAAACCGAAUUUAAGGAUGACAGGGGAUUAAUAGGAAUCAACAGCUUCGGUUUCGGUGGCGGAAACUGCCACGUACUCUUAAGACAUAAUCCCAAGAAGAAAGUAAACCAAGGAAAACCUCUGGAUAAUAUUCCUAGAUUGAUUUGUGUCAGUGGAAGGACACCUGAUGCGGUCAACAUGCUUUUGGAUAGCGUCAUAGAAAAUAAACUUGAUGUAGAGCAUAUCAGAUUGCUACAAGACAUUUUUAG